AUUCCUCCCCCCCCCCCCCGAUGAAUAAUUAACCAGACUGUCCGCCUUUUAUUUGGGUCUGGAGCUGCCUUCUUAGCUCUCCAGCGAGGGGAAAGUGACCAACUGCAGGGAAAAGAGCUAGCAAAAACAGGUCAUUUACACCGCCCCCCCCCCAAAAAAAAACUUUUUCCCCACUCGUUCCCCUGUUGUAAAAUAUUCGCUUUGAUCUGCAUCAUGUCUCACUCCGCGAAUCCAGUCUAUCGAUCGACACUGAACACCUACCAGAGCAUUAUGGAACAAUACAACCCUGGACUGCAGAAUCUGGUGUUCCUUGGGACAAAUUUUGUCCGGGCUUUCCGAGUGUUGAUCACGGCAGCUAACAAUUAUUUCGUUGCGGUUGGGAAAUUUGGCGAGCAAGCCCUACAGACUUCCACGUCGCAGACACUGGGUCAGGUCUUGUUGCAGAUGACAGAUGCUCAGAGGCAACUCAGCAAUGACCUGGAAGUAAUUUUUCGGAGAUUCAAUGAUGAUCUCCUACAGGAAAUGGAUCGUAAUACACAGCUGGACAUAAAGUACAUCAGUGAAAGUAAACAUCGAUUUGAAAUGGAACAUAGGAAACAGAUUGAGGUCCUGGGCAGGGCAAAUGCAGAGCUCCGGCAAUUGGAGAGAAUGAGGAGCUCACAGACCAGAGACAUGCAAGAGAGGAUCUACAAUCUGGAGUCCAGCCUGGAAUUAUUUCUCCACAACAGCCACAAACAGGCCCUGGCCGAGGAGAGACGCCGUUAUCGAUUUCUGGCUGAAAAGCACAGCCAACUUUCGAAUCAGUUUCUCAGCUUUUACAGCAAGGCUCGUGAAGUUCUCCACAGUAAAGUCCCAGGGUGGAGAGAACACAGCAGCCCAGCAUCAUCUGGAAAUGUCUUUGGCAGAGCAAGCCCACGGCCCUCUUCCAUGAAUGAUGAUAACAUCUCGAGGUACAGCUAUGUUUCCAGCUCUCAGUCAUCGAGAAGAGAAUUAAAUGGGGCAGAAGUGACCAUGUAUCCAUACUCAGACCACAGACAAGAAAGAAAUGCCUCACCCAGAGCAGGCUCCGAGGGGCGUCUGUCAAGGGCUAGCUCACUUGGAGAAAAGAUUAACGCAACAGUCAGUCCUCGUGUUCAGGCCAUUGCCUCUCACUCUGCUGGCAGCAAUCGGACCAUGUUAAGUUUUGAAACUGGAGAUAUUAUUGCCAUAUUGGUCCCCGAAGCGAAAAAUGGCUGGCUUUAUGGAAAACUGGAAGGCACACCCAAACAGGGCUGGUUCCCAAGCUCAUUCGUGAGGCCUUUGGAAGAAGAGAUACGAAGGCAGGAACCAUCAACCAGGGGAACUAAUCCAUUUUCCACUAUCAAGCUGCGGCCUACUGUCACCAACGACCGAUCAAGACCCUUUCUGCGAUAA